AUUAUACAUAUCUGUUGAGCUGGAAACAUCGCCCACUGGCAGAACAGACACACCGCUCUCCCGUGCCAAAACCAGAUGUCUCGUCUUUUUGGGAUUUCCAAAUAAACCGAGACCUGGAUAUACUUUUGUUUGACUGCUGGGCCGAGGUGGGGUCAUGGAUCAGAUAUUGGAAGUCGUGGCUUUGCUGCUGGGGUUCAUCGGUUGGGUGAUGGUGGGGGUCACCCUGCCGAACCGCUACUGGAGGACGUCGACCGUCGACGGGAACGUCAUCACCACCUCCACCAUCUACGAGAACCUGUGGAUGUCUUGUGCGACGGACUCGACCGGGGUGCACAACUGCAGGGAGUUUCCCUCGCUGCUUGCUUUGAGUGGUUACAUCCAGGCGUCCCGGGCCUUGAUGAUCACUUCCAUAGUGUUGGGCACGUGUGGACUAUUGGCGGCCCUGAUAGGAGUGAAGUGUUCAAAGGCAGGAGGCGAAAACUAUGUUCUCAAAGGGAGGAUUGCUGGCACUGCUGGAGUUCUUUUCAUACUUCAAGGUAUGUGCACAAUGGUUGCAGUUUCCUGGUACGCCUUCAACAUCACUCAGGAGUUCUUUGACCCCUUCCAUCCCGGAAUAAGGUAUGAAAUAGGUGAAGCACUUUACAUCGGCUGGUGCUCUGCUGUGCUCGCCAUCGCUGGAGGAGCCUGUCUCACCUGCUCCUGCAAAAUGGGAACAAAGGAGAAAUACCCGUUGCCUCUUCACAGCAGGGGAACCGUGUACUCUGGAGCCGCGGCCAGGAGCCAGGCCGCCAGCACGUACGGCCGGAACGCUUACGUUUGAGCGAGCUGUGGAAAUGGAACUUUGUCACCGUGAGAGACAGAAGACAGAAAUGUCAUCUCUUCUCUUCGACUAGGUUUUCGUUGAUGCAUCUAACGUGUCCUGGUGUUCGGCUUUUUACACAUUUGUCGCCGUGUGGAAAAGCCAAAGGUCCAUCAUGCAGUAACAUUGCACCACUGGAUUUCUUUUGAGUCAUAUUAUCAAGCGUGUACUCUGUAAAGAUGAUAGCAUUGAAAUGAUGUGAUAUGAUUGGUAAAAGUUGCUUCUUAGCACUUUACGACAACAGAAAACAAACUAUAAUUGUAAUUAUUAUAUUUAUGUUUAGCACAGAUUAUUUUUCAUGGUAUCCAAUAAUUUGAUGAUCAUCAUGAUCAGACAUUUGUGAAGGGGACGGUCAAAACGGUGAUAAUCCAGAUGUUUGUGUGUUGUUUUGUACAGUUUUAUAGAUAGAACGUGUGAAAGAGUUCUCUUCAUUUGGUUUUUGUUUUUUUACAAUAGCAUACAAUAAAAUGUGUCAUGCUAAACAUUUCUGUUUGACCUUAUAAUCCUCUUGUUAACAGAUGAAUAAUUGUAUUCUCUUUUUUUUUAACAACAAUCAAACUAUCAUUGAACUAAAACAUUGCACAUAAGAUAAAUUAGAUGGAAAUGGUAACAAUAAGUAUCGUUUAGUCUGUGUGUAAGUAUACAAUAUGUAGUACAUUGUGUUCUGCUUAACAAUUAGGAUAUAUUGUAUGUAAAUGGGAAGAUUUCCCAUUGCUGUAAGAAAGUGAGUCAUAGUAAGAUAUUUAGCAUAAUUGGGAAAUGUCCCUAUGGGAAAAUGAAGAUUGGUUUGAAUUCCACACCCACGUGCGUGUUAGACGCUUUGUUUUUUUAGGGAAAUUCUUAAGAAUUUAAGAAUAAACACGGAAGUUAUGAAAGAGGAAUGAAUAAACUGAGAUGUGUGAUUA